AUGUACGUUGUCAAAUCCUCAAAGCAACGAUCAUAUGUUAAACGUAAAGUGGAUGUCAAUGACAAUAAAUUUGAGGAUGUGGUGCAGAAAGUUGAUGACAGUGCUAUUGGAUUCGAUCAUUCAAUUCAUCAAAAUAAAUUAGAAGAUGCUCGGAACGAUAAAGAGACGAAUGAUCAACAGCAAAUAACAAGCAAAAACGAUUCACAGUUGCAAUUACAUGAGCUUCCACAGAACUUGAAUGAAGAAGAAAAAAUUCAUGGAAAGAAACAUGGAGUCGUGAAAAAAGAUCUUGACGAUACGACAGAUAACUCAAUUAGCAAAAAUCAUCGAGUCGUAGACACUUCUACUGCCGAAGAAAAUCCGAAAAAAACACAUGGGAUCGUUAAUAAUGAAAAUAUUAACCUUGAACCUAUUGUGGAAUACGCUGAGGAACCUUUAUUACCAUUAGCAGAGGCAUGUGCUCCACUGAUCAACAUCGUUGACGAUAUCUUGACUUACGUUCAAUUGGCUCUCGAUGAAACUCCAGAGGAACCAGUAGAUGGUCUGACAGUCGAUGAAAGUGCAUCGAUUCGUCUUUAUACGAUCGAAUGGCCAGGCUCUCAUCGAAGUCUCUAUUCCAAACUUAAUCGUACUCUUAAGGCCGUCGAUCGCGAGGAACUUCGUCCCUAUUUUAAGUACCUGAAACUACUUUUAACUGCUCUAGUUAAACUACCAUGCGUUCCAUCAAUGACUAUCUGGCGAGGAGUCACCAAAGAUUACAGUGCUAGUUUUCCACCUGGAGAACUUGUAACAUGGUGGACAUUUUCAUCUUGCACAACUACAAUGACGGUACUUGAGAACAACAUGUACUUGGGUACAACAGGCUCGCGAACGCUCUUCUCCAUCGAAGCCAUCAAUGGUCGAGCAAUACGAGAUCAUUCACAUUUCGCUACUGAAGAUGAAAUUCUUCUUCUACCUGGCACACACAUGGAAGUUCAAUCACAAAUGAUUCCAGCGACUGAUCUUCACAUUAUUCAUUUAAGACAGAUCAUUCCGAAUGAAGUACUUCUGAAACCUCCUUUUGAAGGUGCAUGUCUUUAUCCUAAAACUACGCAAAAAUGGUAUCACAAGAAAAGAUUUAUUCUUCUAAUGUUUCUAUUAACGAUUAUUACCUUGGGAGCAAUUAUUCUUGGCUCUGUUUUAGGAUCAACACUAACCAAGAAAGUACCAACUCCAAAAUAUGUUUGCACGAAUCCUUACACAUCUCCAAUCAGCUAUGAUAUUGGUAAUACUCCAAUGUCUGCAACAUUCGGUGAUUUCAACAAUGAUGGAAUACAAGAUCUAGCUGUAGUCAAUCAGGGAGACAAUACUAUGAAUGUGUUGUUGGGUACUGAUAAAGGCACCUUUCCAAUUGACACGACGUAUAUGACUGGUGUCAAUCCAAUCUCCGUGACAUCCGGUGAUUUCAAUCAUGAUGACUUAUUGGAUUUGGCUGUGGCAAAUUUCAAUGAAAACACGAUUAGUGUACUACUUGGUAAUCAGAAAGGAGGCUUUACAACUCAAACAAAGUAUGAAACAAGAGAAGAUCCAAUCUCUAUUACAUCAAGUGACUUUAACCACGAUGGUCAUCUGGAUUUAGCCGUAGCUAUUUUUCGUGAUAAUAGUGUUAGUGUAUUUCUUGGUUAUGGCAACGGAACAUUUAGCACAGCAAUUCUACAUGGGGCAGGAAGAUGGCCAAUUUUUAUAAUAUCAGAUGAUUUCAAUAAUGAUACGAAUAUCGAUUUGGCAGUGGCAAAUGGGGCCCAAAACACUCUCAGUAUAUUGCUUGGUAAUGGCAAUGGAUAUUUUCAGACUCCAUUAAAAUUUGAAACAGGCGAUUAUCCACGUUGGAUCACAUCGGGUGAUUUCAAUCACGAUCAAAAACAAGAUCUUGCAGUAACUAAUAAACUCAAUAAUAGCGUUAGUGUCCUAUUCGGCAAUGGUGAUGGGACAUUUCAGUCUCAAGUUAAGUAUAAGACCGGAGCAUAUCCAAACUCUAUCAUAUCAGGUUAUUUCAACAAUGACAACAAUCUAGAUUUAGUAAUUACCGAUCAAAUAGAUAACAGUAUAAGUAUACUACUCGGCUAUGACAAUGGAACGUUUAACGAACGAUUAACAUAUAGUACUGGUAAUUUUCCAUUUGGCUUGACAUCGGGUGAUUUCAACAAUGAUACAAAUUUGGAUUUAGCAGUAACUAAUUCUAAUGAGAGCACAGUUAGUGUAUUAUUUGGUAAUGGAAACGGAACGUUUCAAACUCAAAUAAUAUAUUCGACUGGUUUGACACCAAAUGCAAUUCUAUCGAAUCAUUUCAAUAAUGAUACAAAUUUGGAUUUGAUAGUAGCAAACGUUGACGACAAUUAUAUUGAUCUGAUGUUAGGUACAAAAAAUGGAAUUUUUCAGGCUAGAAUAACGUAUGCCGUUGGGCAAAACCCUCGAGUUGUAAUAUCAGGUGAUUUUAAUAAUGAUAAACGACUAGAUUUGGUAGUUGCCAACUCCGCAGAUAACAAUAUUGGUGUUUUCAUAGCCGAUAGAAACGGAUUCUUUCAGUCUCAAGUGACAUAUACCACUGGCAAGUCACCAAUAUCUAUCACAUUGGGUGACUUUAACAAUGACACAAAUUUAGAUUUAGCUGUGGUGAAUAAUCUCGAUAAUAGCUUCAAUAUAUUUCUUGGUAAUGGUGAUGGGAUUUUUCAGACUCCAAGUACAUAUAAUACUGGCAAUGCACCAAGCUGUAUAACAUCGGAUGACUUUAAUAAUGAUAAAAACUUAUGUUCAGAUGAUAGUGAAUGUCCAUAUUAUUGUGGCAAUAAUAGAAAAUGUCAAAAACCAAUAUCUCGAGGUGAAAAAUGCUCUGGCUAUAUUCAUCAUAUUCGAGAAUGUGAUACUGCAUCUUGGUUCAUAUUAAUUGAUGUCGAUGACCGUACAAUAAUGCUUCUAUCUCUGUUGAUAGUGUUUUCUUAUUUUGUUUUUACUAAUGAAAAACAUUUCAAUGGAGGAACUAUCGGAUGGGCUCCCAUUGAUCCUUAUGAUAAUUCCAGUCCCGUCGAUAUUACUAUAACACAAUCUUAUUCAUGGACAUAUCCAACAAUAAAAUGUGCCAACAAUGUACCAGCCUCAACUAGUGGAUGGAGUAGUGCUAAUACUAAUGUGACUUGUGUAGUUGAUUGUUCGACUGAUGGUGGUUAUUCUAAUGCACCAAUUGAUAUUCUUACGGAUUGUACGUCAGCUAGUUCAUCAUUGAAAAUGAUGACAAGUGAAAAAUCGAAAAAUGUUACACUUUCUGCUGAUGCACAUUUUUAUAUAGCUUAUAGAGGAAGUUCUUGGGUAGCAUUAAAUGAUCCUGCUCAAUCAGGUCUGGAUUGGUCUAUUGUAACAUAUAUUGAUCUUCGGAAACGACCAGAUGGUUUAAUUAAUACUCCACCUGUUGCCAAGUUUGUUUCUCCACAGUAUGCCACAGUAAAUAAAACAGUACAAAUAAAAAUUCCUGUUUCGGAUGCCAAUGCUGGUGAUGAUAUACGUUGUCGAUGGUCAACAUAUACAACUGGAUAUCGAAGACGAAAACGAUCAGGUGAAGAAAAAUAUGAAAAUUACCAUAAAAUUGAUCAUAAUUACAAAACAAAAUAUGACGACGACAAAGAAACCAUAGAUAGCAGAAAGAAAAGACAGACUUGUUCCAGUGGAUGUACUAGUGGUGACAAUUGUAAUACAGGUUCAUGUCCAAAGACGAACUGCCUGGGUAUAAAAUGUACCAUUGCUUGUUGUGACUUUAUAACGACAACAUCAACGACUACAACUAGCACACAAACAACGAGCACAACUAGUACAACUAGCACAACUAAGACGACAACAACGACUUCCAGUAGUACGACAAGUACAACAACAGUGACUACAACUAGCUCAACUACAGACAGUUCAACUUCUACCGAAACUCCAGGGACACCAAAAUCGACUUCAACAUAUCCUAUUCGUCAGGCUAUUGACGAAUGUGCUGAUAUUUGUUACCCAGGUAGUAUGCCCAAUGGCACAACACUGUCUGAUUGCACCAUCACAUUCACAGGUCAUAAAGCUGGGAUCUGGUAUGCGGUUGCUAUUCAGGUCGAAGAUUUUAUUAAUGAAACAAGUACAACGCCAAUGAGUUCCGUACCAGUUCAAUUUUUGAUUUACGUUCAACCACAACCAUCUUGUUCAAAUCAACCUAUAUUUUUUCCUCUAGAUCGGUGUUUAGAAGUACAAGUUGGCGUCUCAAUUAGUUUUAAUCUAUCUGUAAUGAAUCUAUGUAAUUCAAGUGUGGCUAAACUUGCUGAUAUCAUUGUUUCAAGUGAAAUUACUGGUAUGACUCGUGGUAAUCUAACAACUUCAUCAACAAAUUCAUCGGUCUCCUAUGUUCGUUUCACUUGGACACCGCAAAUAAAUCAAAUUGGAUAUCAGCAGUUAUGUACAGUUGCAUAUACAACUGAAAACUUACAAUCUGACACAUAUUGUAUUACAUUUACUGUUAAAAAUUCAUCUGAUACUUGUGUAACAACUACAACAACCACUACAUCAACAACAUCACAAUCAACAACUACCACAACGGUAACAACAACAACAACUUCUAGUACAACGACUUCUGAAACAACUACAACAACAUCGGUUACAACAACGUCAAUGACAACUUCUUCGACAUCAACAUCAUCUACAUCAACCACAUCCACAUCGUCUACAUCAACCACAUCCACAUCGUCUACAUCAACCACAUCCACAUCGUCUACAUCAUCAACAUCGACAACAUCCACCACAACGUCUACUACAACAUCCGUUACAACUACAACGUCAACGACUACAACAACAACUACAUCGACCACUACAACUGUGGGUGCUCGUUCACGUCGUCGACGACGCCAAUUAAAAGAAGAAAAUACCUGUGCACGGGCUUUUGAUUCAAGACUUACAACUUUUGAAUUAGAAAGACAGACAGCUUCUAGCAAAAUAUUCAAAUCAAAUACACCAACCAAGGAUUAUCUGAUUAAUAAUACAGUGAAUCAUCAGAAUAGCACGGGUCAUAUCUUUUCAGAAGACUCGCGCAUAAAUUUGUUUGAUUCAGCUUAUUCUAAUGAAGUAACAACUAUAACAGAUAUAGAAGAAAGUAGAGUUUCAUCAGCAGUUACUGUCAAAAGAAUGAGUCGUGCAACCAUUCAACAACUACAUGACAUGGAAAAGCUGAAUGAAAAUGCAAAACCCAAUAGUAAAUUACCAAAUCAUAUUGAUAAUACUGAUGAUAGUCAAAUCAUUGGACGUUCACCAGUUACAGUUGUUCGAAUACCAAAAUUGAAUUUAUCAAACCAGAACAUUUCAAUCACAUCUCAACAAAACACUUCAAGUGCAUCAUCAUCCAAAUUAUCUAAAUUGAAUCAAGUGAAGGUCACCAAAAUACCACGAAAACAAACAACUUUAAGUCAACGAGCUCGAGCAUUAAGUGCUGAUAAUAUUAGCACUAUUCAUAUAGGAAAGCCUUUUGUCGUAAUGCAACCACUGACAAAUCAUUCAAAGACUGCUUCAAUUGCUACAAAUAUCAAAAUGCAUAAAGACAAUAGAGUAACCGUGAGAAAGCUUCCAAGAAAAUCUAAUAUUUCUUAA